CGCUAGUCGUAUAGCCUACCUAACUCCUAGUUGGUAUGCGUACUUAAUAUUGGUAGAGACUCGUAAGAGGACUUAAUGAUCUAUAAUGGUACAUUGUUCUAACUUUGGACACGGAUUAUUUAGUAGUUACUGCAGGCUAGAAACGUUCUGCUAUUUAGAGCAACAUGCUGUGUUUUAAUAAUUAUAGUGUACCCUGAGAAGACAACUUACACGCUGACCGAAGAGAAAAAAUCUUUUUUGCGGAAACAGUGAGAGUUGUCAAUUAACAGUGCCAUCGGAACCAAGUGAUAUAAAGUCCAGCCCACAACUUUAUGUGUCAUACAUACUUCGUUUGUGUGUCCACAUGAGUCGGUCGCCACUAUGAGGCUAAUACUACUUUGUGUUGUUUUUAUCACACAAAAAAUACUUGCCAGUGACUUGUGCCAUGGGAAAGUGUGCAUUAAGAAAUGUUGCCCAGACGAUCAUAUCGUUAGAAGUGCUAAAAAUUGUACACCAUAUACAGGAAAAGUGGAUUUAAAAAUAAGUGUGUACAACGAAGGAUACAACGAAAUAGGACUUUUUGAAGAUCAUUUUUAUCCAGAAGCGGGGAUAUUUCUUGAUGAUGGUUUUAAGAAACGUGCCCUCAAUUACACUAUACUAUACACGACGUACUUCUUGAUGCAGAAUGGCACCUUAUUUUUAGAAAGAAAGAAAUCAAAACAGAUAUACGCUUACGAAACUGACCGGUACUGCAUCGACGCCGAGUUAGCUCCAAACAAGACGCUUAUACCUGCUGUAUAUUUUACAAAAGACGCUGAAACUCCUCGUAAAGACGAUCCUUUAAAAUGGGGAUUCCUUGUGUCAAGUGUGUUCCUGCUGCUGCUGCUGGUGGUAUACAGCCUGCUGCCGGAGCUGCGCAAUUUAGGCGGACUUAUCUUCAUGGCAUACGUCGCCAGUCUCAUGAUGGGCUUCAUCUUCUACUUCUGCAUAGCAAUGGGCACAUUCACUCCAUCGGUGUGUCUGGUUAUAUCUUGUCUAACAUAUUUCUUCAUGCUGGCCAGUUUUGGUUGGUUGAACGUCAUGUCCUACGACAUAUUCUGGACCUUCAGAGGCUACGCGAAGGCGCGCCCCAUCCACCGUCGAGGGGAGAACAUAAAGUUCCUUAUGUACUGCGCCUACGCAUUCGGCGUCCCGCUCGGUCUCACCAUAGCACUGGUGACUUUGAACGAGGUGAACAAUCACCGACGGCUCGGUGGCAUCGUCCCUGAAAUACCUUUGAAAGGAUGCUUUCUAGAAGGUCCUGCGAAGUACGUGUACCUGUACGCGCCGAUGCUGCUGAUGAUCCUGGCCAACUGGGUGUUCUUCCUGCUGACAGCUUUCAACAUCUGGAGGCUGACGCGAGGGGGCGAUGUACUGCGGGCUCAGGACUCUGCCGCCACCGGCUCCUCGACCGCGCGACAAGUUAACAAGCAAAGGUUUCUAAUGUACCUGAAAUUAUCGGUGCUGAUGGGCCUGAGCUGGAUCCUGGAGGUCGUCAGCUCGUACAACCCCGACUUCGAGGGCUGGUACAUCACAGACCUGUAUAACGUGUUCAUGGGGGUGAUCAUCUUCGUCAUCUUCGUCUGCAAGAGGAAAGUCUGGAACAUGCUGAAGAAAAGGUACACGAACUUCAAGCACCAACACAAGUUCUCCUUGCGGUCCAAGAGCCAAACCAGAAGCUCGCAGGAUGAGUCAACCACUCAGAGCAUACCUCUACAAUCGCCCGUCUCUACCACUGCGUCGACAAAUAUGUUUGAACUGAAUCCAAAAAAAGAAGUGGUUUAACACUAGCUAGUAACAAAUAAUUCCAAUGCAAAGCAUAAUAAUAUCUAAAAGAUAUUUCAGGUCUAGAAGCCAAUUUAGUUGAAAAUCAACUAUAAUAUUUGAAUUUUAAUUGCAUUUAAAGUAAACAAUUGACAUUGCGACUAUAUGACGUCAUAAUUCCUAAGUACUCUACAGUGGGCCACAGAUCCAGCUACUCAUUUCCGAUUUUUCUCUAGCUCUCAUCAAAUGGCGAUUCUUUGCGAUAGAACGAGACGACAUGACCGGAAAUGGGUAGCUGGAAGUGUGACCUAGGGAUGUUAUGGAUAGAGGUUUCGGUUAUGGAUACGGUUACGUAUAUUACAAUAAUAUUAUACCGGUGUCAUUUAUGGUUACGAAUAUGAAAUAAUUUCGGAUUAUCCAAUAUAUUUUAUAAUUUCGAAACCAAAAAAGCGAUACCCAGUCAACUUGUGAUGUUACAUUCCAUGUUAUAGUUAGUAGUAAGUAGUUGUAAUAGUUUAAAAUGCAAGUUUGAACGCUUUAUAAAUACGUACUUAUUUUGGUAUUUCAUAGCAUUUUAGGUAACAUAUUAAGAAAUCAUAAAACAACGGUUUUAAACCCUCAAUAUUGUUCCAAUGCUGUACACGCAGACAAACAAAAGCUUAAUAACUUCAGUCUCCCCCAGAAUUAAUAUUGUUGAAAUAAUAAUUAGGUAUUAUAUUUAGCUAAUUUAGGUAUUAUUUUAUUGUAAUUUUACCUCCGAUUAAAAAUUAGUUACGUUUAAUAGUUUUAUCAGGAUGAUUUAAUGUGGGCUAAUAUCCCAUUUGAAAAGUAAAGUGUUAUUAAAAUGCAAGUUUUUGGUAAUAAUAAUUUAGUGAUAUAAAUAAAAAUAAUGUAAACCCACGCGGAAAAGGGUCAGAUGCAUUAAGUUUUAAGAUUUUUAUUUUUAUUAUUUGUCGAUUUGUCACACUUCCGUAAAUUGAAAAUAUACAUAUUCGUCAUAAACAUGGUAAAGUAACUUUCCUAAAUACUUUGUUACGUUUAUAGUAAAAUACUAGCGGCCGCCCGCGACUUCGUACGCGUGGAUCCCGUUUUACCCCCUUCAUCUAUCUUACGCGGU